AUGAGUGACCAGCCCGCUGUCACCGUCGCUGUCGACACAGACCUCGACUCCACCUACGAUGAGACGGAUGCGCAGAGCUACGCGACGUCCCUGUCGUCCAGCGUCGAGAGGUACAAGUGGGAGAACGGACGACGCUACCACAGCUACCGUGAAGGAGCGUACAAUUUCCCAAACGACGAGAAAGAGCAAGACCGGCUGGACAUGAACCACCAUUUGUGUCUGCUGCUUCUGGACGACGAGUUGCAUUUUACCAAACUCCCCCGUGACAGAGCAAUCCGCAUUCUGGACAUCGGGACUGGGACCGGCAUAUGGGCGAUGGACAUGGGCGACAAGUUUCCGAACGCGCAAGUAGUCGGGAACGAGCUGAGCCCAAUCCAGCCGCGAUGGGUGCCGCCGAAUGUGCAGUUCGAGAUUGACGAUGUCGAGAGUCCAUGGCCGCCUCGGGACCCCUUUGACUUCAUCCACAUCCGCUACAUGCUGGGCAGCAUACAGGACUGGCCUAAGCUUCUGCGCCAGUCGUACGAGAACCUCGCUCCAGGCGGGUGGAUCGAGCUGCAGGACUUCAACACGCUGGCAUACAGCGAGGAUGGAAGCGCGACAGAAGACAACAAGAUUCUCGAAUUCUGCCGUGUGUUUAAUGCGGCCUGCGACAAGAUGGGACGGCACGGGUCUCCCGGUCAACACUUGAAGGGCUGGGUGGAGGAUGUCGGCUUCACCAACGUGAGGCACGAAGUGCGAAAGGUCCCGGUCGGAACUUGGGCAAGAGACAGGAAGCUGAAACAAAUCGGCGCCCUGUAUCGACUGAACCUGGAGGAGCUUUUGGAGGCUGCACUCCUGGGCUUGCUCGUUCGCGUCGAGAAUUGGAAACCAGAGGAAGUGAACGUGUUCAUUGCGCAGAUCAGAACGGCACUCAAUGACAGGUCUGCGCAUGUCAUGCAGGAAUUCCACAUUGUAUGGGCUCAGAAGCCUGGGAAGUAG